UCCAUUGGGGUGACCUGACACCCGAGGUCUGAACUAAUCGUAUUGUCUUAUGAUUUCACAACACAGAGAUUUGUCAUUAAAUGGAAUACGCGUUAGUUUUACCCUGAAAUGAUGAGUAAUUUUUGGUUUUUCGUGGUAUAAUUCGUAUGGUAUUUCAUAUUAGUGAUAAAUCUAUAUGUCAAAGUAUGAAGUAACUGGUUUUCAAGGGUUCAAAUGCACAUAACCACUUAUCGAGUGUUAUUAUCAUUCCUUGUUCAUUUGUUUUCCAACGAAAAUGGUAGUCUGCAAGUAUUUUCAACAGGGUAACUGUCGAUUUGGACAGUAUUGCCGGUUCGAACAUGUCGGAGGAUUUGGAGGAAAUGGGCAGAGUUCAGCCCAUAAAUCAUACGGGGAUAACAAAAGUAAUGUGCUGGCAGUUGCUGAAGAAGUACUGGCAGCCGAAAGAAGCGGCCAAUGGCUUCUAUCGUGUUUUGGACCCUUCAAGGAACAAGGCUGUAUUCCUGGUAUGGAAGACGUAUCCCCUGAAGAAGUUCGAUGGGAAAUCUAUCAAGCUCAGAAAAAUGGCAACGUUGAGCAGACAAAACUUCAAUUUCAACAACUUUGCCAAGCAAUGACAAGGAAACGAGAAGCGUUGAAGAAUCCGACUCACGAAACAGCCGAUAUGUUAGACAAAUUACAAAAAUUUCAGGGAGACUCCAGCUUCUCAUCGAAAUCUAAUUUUGUACUUUCGACUCCACAAUUGAGUACUAGCUCCAUUACUGGAAAUUCCUUUUUUGCUCCUAAAUCAUUUGGCACUCCUUCGUCAGGAUCUUUUAGUGAAAAGGUGAAUGCCACUCCAGUUACUCAGGCAUCGAUUUUCAGUCAUUCAAAUACCAAUACUACAUCAUUUUUCGGAGCAGCGCCCGCAUUUGGAGCUUUUGGCGUACCUCAAACAUCAAAUUCCAUUUUUGGAGGUUCUACGAAGCCCAUGACUUCCAUGUUCGGCAACUCCCAACCUCUGGGAACAUUUAGUCCAACUUCGUCGGUUGCUGCGACAUCGGGAGCUGUACCUCAAGCGAGUAAUCAAAAUUUAUUCAGUGCAAAUCAACCGCAAAACAGUAUUUUUGCCACGAGUCAAUCAACUUCAGUUUUUGGCGGGGGAAGUCAGGGGGUAGAUAUGUUCGGAGGGGAGACCAUUACUCAACAAACGGGAGCACCGAUUUUUGGAAGUUCUUCGAACAGUAUUUUCGGACAGCCGAAAAAUAACAUGACAUUCGGUACUGCUCCAGUAUUCGGGGCAAGCGGUAGUGGAUUUGGAAAGACAAAUGCUGCACCGGUAUUUGGAGCUCCAGGAACAUUCAGUAAUAAUCCCGCUGCCCUCGGUCAGAUGAACAUGAGUUCUCCGUUUGGCGCGUCCCCUGGAGGAACUAAUGGCUUUGCAAACGUGGCACCAUCAAACCACUCUCCUUUCACCAAUACCAACAAUACAGUUCCAUUUGGAACUAAUAAUAGUACUGGUGCCUCAAAUUUGGCUGAUAACAGCUUAUUGGGAAAAUUGGAAAUGAAGACGCCCGGAGGUGCUGGCCAUAUCUUAGCAGCCAGUUCAUUGGCGACCUCUCAGCCUGAAUCUUCCAACGCUAGUAUCCCAGCAGGUUUUGGAAACCCCAUUGACCCUCCUGAAAAUUUUUCCAACAGGACCAGUAAUCCAUUUAUUUCAAGUUCAACGACCGCAACGGCUAAUAAUCCUUUCCUUACAAAAUCUCAAUUAUCUAGUGAUACUUUUACACAAUCACCAUUUUCUAGGCCGGCAAAUAAUGAGGUGAUUGAUGAGACUAUUUACAGUACAGAACAAGAUCUCUCCGAUAAUGAUAAGAAAAUGUUCCUUGCUGCAUCAUUUACCUUGGGGGAGAUAUCAAUGAGGGCUCCCACCAUUGAGUUAAGGUAGAUAUACCAUUCAUCACUAGUAAACGAAGAAAUAAAUAAUUCAAUAGUUGAUUACAUUCACAAUCUCACAAUCACUGAACAUAAAUUGUAUAAAAUAUGAUACGAAAGGCUACGUCAUAAGUACUCUAAAGGUAUUUAAAUAAAUAUGUAAAAAUAUUGCAACUAUUAUUAA